UAUCGCGCGUCGGUUAGUCCCUCACGGCCGACGCCUGUUGUGAAUUUCAGUCCACCAUUGCAUCACUGCUCCUUUGUUUGCGGGGGGGUAUACGUGAUUAGUGAAUUGUUGGCGCAGUUAUUGAGGCACCAAAGAUCGGCGACGAAAACGACCACAACACGGCUCCACUGAAUCCGCCUCUAAUAUCCUGUGGUAUCUAGCCCCUCAGUGGCGUCCGGGUGUUAUUGUGAAUCGCUCAUUCCACAAUAGCAUGGCUGCUCCUUCGUUUUAACGGGGGAUACGUGACGUGUUGAAUUGAUGGCGCAGUUAUUGAGACACCAAAGUUAUCGGUGUGUAAGCUGGGAAUCAAUAAACCCGAGACGAUAAACGUGUCUUCACUAGCCAAGUAAAUAUAGUUCUAACACGCUGAUCAUGCCUACAACGUGGAAACGUGCGUGGCAGGUGUGAAGACACGAGGGAGAGGAAGCUUUCCCUGGGGCGGAUAAUGGAGGUACUCGACUUUGGUUGGAAUAUGAGGAUGUGGAGGAUGUGAGCGGAUCAAACACGGCCACCGCAAAGCACUGGGAGUUCAUUUUGCGGGAUAAUAUCACACCUGACGUACCAACUCUAAACCCCAUAAGAUUUUCCUCUCAAGUGCUGGGAUUAUUUUCACAUCGCAAAGCAAUUGUUUUGGUGCAUAUAUCAUCGCAGCAACGUUGGAAUAAAAAUGUGGAGAGGAAAACUGUAGCUCUAGUACAGUUGUGUAUUAUUUCAGUACCAGUGAGGAGGCGUCCGAUAAAAAGGAAUUGAAAAAUCGACAGGAAGGCUGCAUGAAGUUUGAUUGACUGAAAAAAAUGGGUCAAUUAUAGCAAUUAUCGAGAGCUGAAGUGAAUCCUCUUUAGCAAUAAAGAAGAAUAAAAAAAAGUCCUGGAAAAAUGAGUUCCUGACGGAGAGUGAGAACGCGCCUUCAUGCAGAGAAGGUGACACAAGAACUCCAAGGGACCCAAAUUUUGGAUCAUUUACUUGGGACAAUGGACUCUCAAUGUGAGGACUUGUGUUUUGGUGAGAUAGUGGUACCAUCGUUCUAACCCCAUACAAAUGAUAUGGAAAUGCCGAGAGCCACUGGCUCCGCGUUCGAUGAUCGAAAACAAAAUAAACAACUCGGUGACAUCAUCCGCGCGAUGAUGUGCCGACACAAAGGAUUUCGGACAGUUGAUAAAUUAGAUAGAGUGAAAAUUUUCUGAAAUUUUGUUCGCGACAGUGAACACAGACAGUCGAUAUUAGUCAUUCGGAGGUGGUGCGUGUUUCUAAAAAGUUGGUUAUUGAGUGUUAAAGUGUAUGGUGAAGUGAUCAGUGUUUUUUUUUUUUUAAAGACUAUGAAAGUGUGCUGUGGUUAAGGAUGUCCAAGUAUCUCAUUAAUUCGGUACAAAUGCAAAUUUUUUCAAUUUUUAAAUUAAAUUAUGUGUAAAGGGUGGGGAAAAAAUAUUCGGUUAUAUAGUGCUUGGAUAUCCUUCAGUGUAUUAGUGUUGUGUUGUGUUGUGUCAUCGAAGGAGUCGUUCCGGUCAAUUGCCUCGGAGAUUUGGUCACAUUGGACACUACUGGCAGGCUAUUGGAGAGAUCAGAACGGAGCUGUUGUUUUGAUCCAACGCCGGAGUUUUUCUUGCUGAGAAUAUACUUGAGGGGGAUAAGAGGUACGUGAACACGAGAGUUUGUUUAUUCUUCAGUGACAUAACGUCAAUGGAAUUGACAAAUCCGUACUAGGGCACACGCUGGCUGUCUCAAUCGCUGAUCUUCGUCGUAUGCUGCUAAUCAUGACACAGACUGAGACGCCUGUUGCUUCUGACUGAUCUAUGAGCCAAGUUGAGAGGAUAAAAUUGCAUAACGAGAAAUUAAAAUGGCUGGAUACGUUAGAUUUGCAUUUGCUGUGAUGCUAUGCAUCGCAAAUAUGAUAAUCUACGGUUUAAAAGUCAACAUAUCAACCACGAUAAUAGGAAUGGUAAAGCCGAGAAAUACAACUGAUGGAAUUAACGUUGUCCAUCCCUGCGAAGAUUUUACAAACGCAGAUUAUAAAAAUGGGACUGCUGGACCCGAUAUUCAUGGCCCUUACGAUUGGACAACCGUUCAACAAGGGCUCGUGGUUAGUCUGUACUUUGCUGGUUACAUGGUUGGCAUGUUCCCAGCGGGAUACUUUGCCGAUAGGUUCAAUACAAAGUACGUUCUACUCACUUCAGUCCUUCUGAAUUCCCUGUUUACACUGAUGGUACCAGUGGCGUCUGAGUCCCUCGGUGUUCUCCUCUUCCUGAGAUUCAUGACCGGUUUGGUGAGUGCAGCUAAUCUACCGGUUGUCAAUGUACUCGUUGGUAAAUGGGUCGUCUACGAGGAGAAAAGCACGUGGGUUGCCAUCAUCAAUGCUGGCACAUCAAUUGGCACUGUCAUCUCCAUUUUCACGUCUGGUAAUAUCAUGAAAGACAUCGGCUGGAAAUCGGUAUUCUAUAUUCAUGGAACCCUUCCUCUUAUUUGGUGCGGUGUUUUUGCAUUUUUCUUCGCUGAUAAUCCCGAGACACAGAAAAUUAUCAGUGAAUCGGAGAGGGAACUCAUUGUCAAUUCUUAUGGGCAUCGAAAACCUCAGACGGGGAAGAGCGAUGUACCUUGGAGGGAGAUUUUUACAUCGAAACCAUUUUGGACACUUGUCGCUACCAAUACACUGGGUAAUUUCAACUGGUACUUCAUGUUGACGCAGCUGCCACUUUACAUGAAUAAAGUGCUGAGAUUUAACAUCCAGAGUAAUGUCGCCAUUAGUUGCUCUCCAUAUUUGAUUAAUGCUGUGACAAACCCUCUGCUCGGUAGAAUACUCGAUUGGGGAAGGAAGAAGGGCUUUUGGUCACAGACGAACGGACGAAAAAUAGCAGUUGGUGUCAGCUGCAUUCCUCCCAGUAUUCUCAUGCUUGCAAUUGCAUACUCCGGCUGCGAAAGAAUUGGGGCAUCAAUAAUGCUGGUGAUCAGUAUUGUCAUUUGUGGCGCCAUAUUUGUCGGUCACUUAACCAAUCAGAAUGAUUUGGCGCCAAACUACGCUGGCAUUCUCAUGGGAAUAACAAAUACACCGGGAACAAUUUCCGCAUUCAUUCUGCCAGCACUUGUCGGAGAAUUGAAUAAAAAUGGCCACUCCUUUGAAAGCUGGAGAUAUGUCUUCUGGCUGAGUAUCAUCUGUCAACUGGCAGCAUUUGUUAUUUUCACCCUUUUCGGUUCCGCAAAAAUUCAGGAGUGGAACUAUCCGAAGGGCUCGGCCGAGAGAAAUGCCGUGCGAAAUGGGGACCAAAGGGACGGGGCUGAGUCAAGAAUGAUCUGAUGAUUUCCAUCGACCUGAACAGAUAACUGUAAACUCUGAAAAUCCUUAUCCAAAAAUUACUCAAUCAAUAAUCAUAGAUAAGCUAAAUAUUGCUAGUGAAGUUACGACACGAUACAACAGACCACCCGAACUUGCUAAUUAACAAUCUGGGAGUUCACAUUUUGUCGCUUCCAAUUAGUCCUGUCUGUUGACCGCAGUGUUACUGUCCUUUCACCCAUUCGUGAAAAGGGAUCAGGAAUCUCUUGUGAGGGAGUCAAACAUCGUUUACAAAGUUUGAAAUAUCACAUUUGUGGUCUAUUUACAGACUCACGAAAAUCAAUGGCCAAUUCGUUGUCGACUAAUUAUCUUCCUGAGAAUGUACUCCUGAUUAUUUUCCCCAAAAUCCAUGACUUUUGAUGUCAAAGUUAACAGCGAGAUGAAUCUUAAUACUUUUAGAAUAUUUGUUUUGUCCUCAAACUUUACUAAAAUCUGUGCAUCACUUGUAUUGCCAUGACCUUCACUAAUUCAUGAGGGGACCCAUUAGUUAUGGACAACCGUAGGUAGUUGUAUCAUGAAUAAUGCCCUCGUGCGCCAUUUUAACCCCUUUAAGAGCAGGUGACCUUGUGGAUGAAUGUGGAUGAGUAUCAACCUGCUGCUUUUGGAAUUCAUUCGAUGAUCCAUCGCCAUUUCGUUACUUUCGCCCGUGGGAAAGCACCUGCUGCCUCAGAUCUCAGUUCUCAUCCACUUUGUGCUACUACUUUCGCUUUCGAUUCGACCGAAUUUUUUUAUGUUCCCCCAUUUCCAAACUGAACAUCUUCUUCUCGAGGUGAUACUAAACCCUAAAAAAAAUCAAAAUAUCCCCAACUUUUACUCGAAUUGCAAUUUAAACGCACAAAAUAAAUUCAUUAAUUUCA